AUGACACCUGCUUCUGUUAUUUUGCUCGCAAUGUCAAUAUUCACAGGCUUUGUUAUACCAAUUCCGUACAUGCUUGGAUGGUCUCGCUGGAUCAACUAUAUUGAUCCCUUAGCUUAUGCGUUUGAAUCUUUAGUAGUCAAUGAAUUUCAUAACAGAGAUUUUCAAUGCACAGAAUUAGUUCCGUUUGGUCCUGGGUAUCCAUCGUCAGGUGAUUCAGUUGUGUGUUCAGUAGUUGGUUCUAAGCCUGGUUCCACUAUCGUAAAUGGAGAUGAUUACAUAAAUUCUUCUUUCUGGUAUUAUAACAGUCAUAAAUGGAGAUUUUGGGGAAUUCUUCUUGCAUUCGCAAUCUUUUUCUUGUUUGUUUACAUAUCAAUUUGUGAAUACAAUAAGGGAGGGAGACAGAAAGGAGAAAUAUUAGUGUUUCAAAAGAAUGCAUUAAAGAAAAAGAAAAGAAGUGAUAUUGAGAGUGGACAAACUGAACAAGUAGACCCGCAAUUCUCUAACGAAAAAUGUUUGGAUGAUGAAGCUACUAGUGACUUACCUUCCACUGGUAAUAUAUUUCAUUGGCGUAAUUUAACUUAUGAAGUUAAAAUCAAGUCUGAUUAUAGAUGUAUCUUGAAUGAUGUCGAUGGGUGGGUUAAGCCAGGGCAAGUGACUGCAUUGAUGGGUGCUUCGGGAGCUGGUAAAACAACCUUAUUAAAUGCAUUAUCGGAUAGAUUAACUUCGGGCGUUAUUACUUCAGGAAAUCGUAUGGUAAACGGUAAUGAAUUAGAUGCUUCUUUCCAGAGAUCCAUAGGUUAUGUUCAGCAACAAGAUUUGCAUCUUCAGCCCUCUAACGUGUGUGAGUCGUUGCAAUUUUCAGCAUACUUGAGACAACCAGGAUCAGUAUCUAAAUCAGAAAAGGAUUUGUAUGUUGAUUAUGUAUUGAGGUUGUUGGAAAUGGAAGAUUAUUCUGAUGCUGUAGGAGGUGUUUCGGGAGAAGUUCUUAACGUGGAGCAGCGUGAGAGAUUAUCUAUUGGAGUUGAAUUGGUUGCGAAGCCUAAGCUAUUAGUAUUUCUUGAUGAGCCCACGUCGGGUUUGGAUUCACAGACUGCUUGGUCUAUCUGUAAAUUGAUCCGCAAAUUAGCAGAUCAUGGACAGGCUAUUUUGUGCACAAUUCAUCAACCUUCAGCGAUCUUGUUACGAGAAUUUGAUAGAUAUUAUUUUUGCAGAAAGGAGGUCAGACUGUUUAUUUUGGGGAUUUAG